AUGGCUCGCACAGCAGUUUCCAUCGCCUGCCUCCUGGUCGUGGCCCUGGCCAUCGGCGCCCGUGCCGACGAGGACAGCCCUCUGGUCAAGGUCCGCAUUACCGGCCACCUGGGCGACUUCACGCCAUUCGACUUCUCUGGCACUGGUGACUUCGCGGUAGACCCCGAUACCAAGAAAGUGGGUGUGGCCACCGCAUCUGCCCUGGGCGUGAACGAUUUCAAGCUGUGGCUCGUCAACGGCGAGAACCCCGUCGCUGACUCUGAUGCCACCGCGUCUGCGGACACCGGCGCUCUCGUCCUCGCGGCUGCGGCGCAAGCCAUCGGCCAGGGCGACACCCAGGUCAAGACCUUCACCGGCACCUUCCCAUGA